UACACCUACAACCCUCUCUCUCUCUCUCUCUCUCUCUCUCUCUCUCUCUCUCUCACCAAAAAGAGAGAAAAGACUACUGACGAUGUUGGGCGGCAGGAAAACGACGUCAUGCGACGUGGAGGUGGCGGAGACCAAGGCGGUGGCGAACGGAACCACCACGAGUAGUACUACUGGGCCGCAACAGCCGGCCAAGUCGUCAUCUUCAUCAUCAGCUCAUCAACUCGGGAAAGCUGACUUGGCUCACGUGUGCCUGAGGCUGCUCUGCAUGGCGUCCUCCCUCACGGCGUUGUCGUUCAUGCUCACUGCCCGGCAAGCCAGCAACAUCACCAUCUAUGGUUUCCACUUCCCCGUUUACUCCAAGUGGUCUUUCGCUCAGUCCUUCGAAUAUGUGGUUGGUAUCACAGCAGCUGUGACAGUUUAUUCAUUGCUGCAACUACUGAUGAGUGGAACUAGGCUGCUGAGAAAGUAUCCGAUGAUUCCCUCGAGGAAUCAUGCCUGGCUUAGCUUUGCUGGGGAUCAGGUAUUUGCAUAUGCGCUGAUGAGCGCAGGGUCAGCUGCAUCCGGAGUAAGCAACCUGAAUCGCACAGGAAUCCGGCACACACCUCUCCCGAACUUCUGUAAACCACUAAAUAUCUUCUGCAACCACAUUGCCAUCUCCAUAGCCUUCACUUUCUUAAGUUGCCUUUUGCUGGCCACAUCUGCUGUUCAGAAUGUAAUCUGGCUCUCCAACAAUUGAGCUACCCUGCUUAUUUGUUUCCACGCAGUACUUAAUCACUUGCACCCUAGCCAUAUCAUAAUUCUAAAACAUUAAGCCUUAUCUGUCUUAAGGCUUCAUGUAUUUCCUAUAUAGUUCCAAAUACGUAUCUUUCUUUAUGUGGUGAAA